UGUUACGACAGCACACCACGAGAUUGCACCAAAAAUAUCAAGCGCAAAAUUCGGCAGCCAAAGCCGCAAGCUUUCACAUCCUACGAUUCCAAAACCUAUGUUCCAGGCGGCGCGCCUUGUCUGAUGACGAUAGCAACACCCCUUCCAUCCCAUCACCCAUCUUUCUACAAGAUGGAGGAAAGGAAGAGGGCCGCAGGUGAUGACCUAGCACCUCCAAUGAAACGACAAGCCCUUAGCAGCAAAACCUCUGCGCACGAUGUGGAUAUGCCCUGGGCGAACGACCUAGAGCAAUAUCAGAAAGAUGCAAUAUAUCGACAGAUGCUCGAGUACAAGCGUGAAAAAGCCACUCUAGAAUCACAAUUAAAAGAUGUUCGUAAAAGGUCCCUUGAUCACGAUGACCACUUAAGAGUUGUGGAUGUUUGGUGGACUCAGUUACUGGAUGAAGUCAGAUUAUUAGUGGAGGACGAAGUGCCAUCAAAUGAAGAUAUUGACUGUCAAUUCCCGACGUCUCUCACUUUUAAGGGUGCAGAGGAAUUCGAAAAGCACUUAGCUGCCAGAAGCAAGGAUAUAAAAAAUAAGCUUGCAACGAUAUUCACCAAUAUAACUGCUGCUCGUGGACAACCGUCUGACGAGGUACAGAAACUACAGCGAAAGCUCACUGAUCUUUUAGCACGGCAGAAAGAGAGUGUUGUCAGGGUAGACAGGCUACGAGCAGAGAAGGAUGAACUAACCCAGAGGCUCGAAGAAUCCUCUCUCCGCUAUGUAAAGGCUGAGAAGAGGCUAGACCGCGCUAAGAGUGCAGCUGUAGCUAAAUUAGAGAUGCAAGCAAUAUCAGGAAAAAAUAAUUGUGGCUCAACCGGUAUAGGUAGCGAAGAUGCUGCUAAUGUGAAUGGCACACAAGAACAUUCCGAUAGAUCCAAGACAGCAUAUGAAGAAGCUCUAGCAAUUGUUGCCAAACAAAAGCUACAACUCGAAUCCGUCAACGCUGAAAAUAAGUUACUUGCUGAGCAACUCACUGCAGCAAGUACAAAGUUAUCUAGCCUAUCAGAAGAAGACUUUGCAAGGACUGACUUAUAUAAACAACUCAGGACUCAGCAUGAAGACGUUAUACGUCGUAUCAAUCACCUCGAGGCCACAAACAUACAGCUAAGAGAGGAAGCAGAGAGAUUUCAGGCUGAACGUACAGCGUAUCGUGUUGAAGUUGAAAAGGAGGCUGAAGUAACAAUUAGUGAACUCCAGAGCCAAUUACAACGAGUAGAGCAAGAUCUUAUUAGAAUAAGAUCUGCGAGAGAUGAGUUAACUGCAGAUUUAAGCAUCCGAAAGACCAACCAAGAACAAGAAAGGUCUACCAGAGAGCAUCUCAAAGAGGUUUCUGCCGCCAAGGAUGAUCGAAUUUCGUCACUUGAGCAAGAGAUAGAAAGACUACAAACACAAUUCAAUGAGCAAUCUAGUGGACCUAAGCAGAUACCUGAAUUAAAUGACCUCAGCCAUGAGCAACUUCGAGAGAAAUACGAAAGUCUUGAGCAUCAAUUCUGUGCUAUUAAUAAAGAGAUGCCAGCUCUACAAGCUGCCUGGAGAAAAAUGUCAUCACUUGUUUCAAAGAAAGUCUCUGAUAUAAAAGCAUUUGAAGAAAAGACUCAGAUCUUAUCUGCAGAGAAAGCUAAAGCAGACCAAAAGUAUUUUGCGGCUCGAAAAGAUAUGGACACUCGUAUUCAGGAAGUGAGAACUCUCAAGGCACAGAACUCUAAGAGCUCUGAAAUAAUUACUCAACUUAAGGACGUCGAAACAUCUAACCGAACCUUACUCAGUAAUCUAGAAAAGCAAUUAAGUGAUCUGCGUCAAGCUAACACAACCAUAAUAUCUGAGCAUAGGAAAUCUGACAUUGCUAGUCGAGAAGCCACUAGUAAAGCCGAGGUCCUCAAGAAUCAGCUUGUCGAACUAACAGCGAUUCUCAAAUCUAAAGACGUCAUUUGUUUGAAUAGCAAGCAGCGUAUCCAGAGUUUAGAACAAGAGGCAGAACAGAUGCGUGUAAAAUAUGAGGCUGCUCAAAAAGAGAAGGAUCAAUGGAGGGUUAAAAGUCAAAGUAAUCAAUCAGGAGAUGAGGAAAUGCUACGCUCGUUCGCACUAUGUACUAUAUGCCGAAAAGAUUUCAAAAAUACUGCCAUAAAAGUGUGUGGACAUACCUUCUGUAACAACUGUGUUGCUGACAGACUCGCCAAUCGUAUGAGAAAAUGUCCGAAUUGCUCAUGCGCGUUUUCCGCUAACGAUGUUAUGACAAUUCAUAUGUAA